CAGACGGCGUGACGUCACCCAGCGCUGGUCAGCUGGCUCCUCCAUCUGAGGAGCAAGGAGAGCCUCUCCCACAGGGAGACAUCACCAUCACCGCCCGAGCCUGGCCCCGGAACACCGCAGGGAGAGAGAACAAACAAAAAACCAUUCGGACGUCAGGAUGUUGUAGCGGAGGAUCGUGCGCCGGGAUCGCUGGUUUGGUUGCUCCUGUAAUGGCUGGGCUCCAUGGCUGCGGCCGCUGAGGAGAAGCAGGUGCGGCUUUUUCGACGGAGCCGCUCGGUUUUUCGGUAUGGACCGAGCCACUGCUGUCCGGAUCAGGCGCUCUCUUCUGGGGGAGAGCGAUAGCCGCGGAGCAGGAGGAGGUGGAGGAGGAGGCCCUCUUUAGGUCCGACGUUUUCAGUACCGGGCCCGCGGUUACGCCUCAUCACACACAACAGACAGCCGUCGGUUAACCAGCCUGCACGGGUUCCACGUGUAUCUCCAUCAUACGGAGAACUGUGAUCGUUCGUCCUCAUCUUUGUGCUACAGAAGCCCCCCCUCUCCCCCCCUCCCCCCUAAAAAAAAAAAAACCCCGUUCGAACCCGAGCUCUUCCUCCGGGACUCGAUCCGGCUGCCAGGAUGAUGGACCUACAGAUCGACGAGGUGGUCUAUCAGGACGACUACGGCUCCGGCACCGUCAUGUCGGAGCGGGUGUCCGGUCUGGCCAACAGCAUCUACCGGGAGUUCGAGCGGCUGAUCCGCAGCUACGACGAGGAGGUGGUGAAGGAGCUGAUGCCGCUGGUGGUCAACGUGCUGGAGAACCUUGACGCGGUGCUGACGGAGAACCAGGAGCACGAGGUGGAGCUGGAGUUGCUGAAGGAGGACAACGAACAGCUCAUCACGCAGUACGAGAGGGAGAAAGCGCUGCGCAAGCAGGCGGAGGAGAAAUUCAUUGAGUUUGAAGAUGCGCUGGAAGCAGAGAAGAAGGAGUUGCAGAUGCAGGUGGAUUUUCUGGAGCUGCAGGGGAAACAGCUGGAGCUGAAAACAAAGAACUAUGCAGACCAAAUCUCUCGGCUGGAAGAGCGAGAGUCAGAUAUGAAGAAAGAGUACAACGCUCUGCACCAGCGCCACACUGAGAUGAUUCAGACGUACGUGGAGCACAUCGAGCGAUCCAAAAUGCAGCACGCAGGGAGCAACAGCCAAUCAGAAGGACCGGGCUGUGGACGAACUAAAGCGGAGCGACCGCCAUCGUUGAGCUUGUACCCCAGCGGCGAGGGCAUGGUACGUGGGGGUCUCGGGGGGGCUAGGAUGAUGCCGGCGAAAGACAUCUGGCAGCUCAGCGAGCUCGGCCAGCCAACCUUCAGCUCCGCCUAUCAGGAGGACGGCUCAGAGUCUGACUCGGUGGUGGCCACGCCCAGCAGCACAGGGAGCAAGUCCAACACGCCCACCUCCUCCGUCCCCUCGGCCAACGUCACCCCCAUCAACGAGGGCUUCCUCCCGCAUGCCAACUUUGAGGCCACGCGUGCAGGGAAUCGCAGGAAAAGUGCAAAACGGCUCAGUCGCAAUAUGGAAGUGCAAGUUUCCCAGGAAACCAGGAAUGUCAGCAUUGGCAUGGGAAGCAGCGAUGAGUGGUCUGAGUUUCAGGAGAUCAUUGAUUCCACCCCCGAGUUGGAUAUGUGUAUGGACCCACGUAUUUAUGGAGGAGGAAACAGCCCCUCACAGGGCAUCGUGAACGAGGCCUUUGGUAUCAACACCGACUCCCUGUACCACGAGAUCAAAGACGCCAAGUCGGACAUCAUUGGAGACGUGGACGCGGGUGCCGAGCUUUUAGGCGAGUUCUCAGCCCGUGAUGAUUUCCUUGGGAUGAGCAAGGAAGUGGAGAAGGUGCUGGCAGAAAACAAACAACUCCUAGACACCAAAAAUGCUCUCAAUAUUGUGAAAAACGACCUUAUUGCCAAAGUGGAUGAGCUUUCAGGGGAGCAGGAGGUGCUGCGCGAGGAGCUGGAGGCAGUCAGACAGUCCAAGAACAAAGUGGACGCCAGAGUCAAAGAGCUGGAGGAAGAACUCAAGAGGUUAAGAGCAGAGGCUCUCGGGUCAUCUCGAGACUCCAAGGAUGAAGGUGGUGAGGAUCAGGACGGCGAUAUGACAAUGACCCAGCGGCGGCGCUUCACUCGGGUGGAGAUGGCUCGCGUGCUGAUGGAGAGGAACCAGUACAAAGAGAGACUGAUGGAGCUGCAGGAGGCUGUGAGGUGGACAGAGAUGAUCAGAGCAUCCAGGGAAGGUCCUCCGAACCAAGAGAAAAAGAAGUCCACCAUCUGGCAGUUCUUUGCACGACUUUUCAGUACAUCAUCCAGCCCACCACCAGUCAAGCGGCCCUACUACAGUGUCAACAUCCACUACAAGUCUCCCUCGCCGGCUGGUUUCCCACAGCGACGCAGCCACACCAUGUGCCAGAUCUCCACCUCCAACCGUACAUUGGAGUUCUUCCCUGAAGAUGAUUCAGCACUGUUGGCCCGCCGAGAGCAGCGGCGUGAACAGUACCGGCAGGUCCGUGAACACAUGCGCCGUGAGGACGGUAUCAUACAGGCCUGUGGCUGGAGCGUGCCAUCUCGCUUCAAGCAGACUGGUGGUCAGACGGACAGCACUCAGGACGGCCCACUGAAGAGACAACAGGCGGCUAACGAGAAAGAGGACAAUCGCGUGAAGAAUGUUCCUGUUCCAGUGUACUGCCGCCCCCUCGUAGAGAAGGACCCCAACAGGAAGCUGUGGUGUGCAGCGGGUGUGGACCUGGCAGGAUGGAAGGCCGGCAGCCUGGAGUCACUUGCAGCCAAAACGGCGUCAAACGGCAGCGACCCCCUGCAUGCUGAGGAGGAUCGAGGUGACAAGAAGAACAACUCUCCAGAGAAGAAGAAGUCAAAGGAGCUCCAGGAAACAGACUCCAUGAGUAGUCGAGUCUGGAUCCUUACCAGUACUCAUUCAGCUAGCAAGGUGGUCAUCAUUGAUGCCAACCAGCCAGGUUCGCUGGUCGACCAGUUCAACGUCUGCAAUGCCCAUGUGCUCUGUAUCUCCAGUGUGCCAGCUGCCAGUGACAGUGAUUAUCCAGCAGGAGAGAUCGUGUUGGAUCCAGGUGAUGGUUGUGCAGGAGGAGGUGAUGAUCCUGGUAGUAUGGAGGGUAUGUUGGCUGGUAUCACACUCGUGGGCUGUGCCACCAACUGCAGCGUUGCCCGCAGCAACUGUUCGUCACGUACUGACACGCCUAUACAAGACAAAGGACAAGCGCCUGUUGCUCAUCCAGUGAAUGGGAAAAUUCAUCCGGCCCAGUCAGCCGAGGAAGCCACAGAGGCCACAGAGGUCCCUGAGACAACCGCCACCCACACAGAUGUGAGGUCUGGACCUCCAGGCCCGUUUACUGAGCACGUCUUCACUGAUCCCCAACCCCAUCCACCCAAUACCUCUGACAGAGGCACAGGUCAAUCCAAAGAAGAAAUAUCUCAACUUCCAGAGACAGAGGACGGAGUUGACGAGGCCAAAACCUACACAAGUGUGGCCCCCACCAUGUGGCUGGGGGCCCAGAAUGGCUGGCUGUACGUGCACUCAGCGGUAGGAAACUGGAAGAAGUGCCUCCACUCCAUCAAACUUAAGGACUCGGUGCUCAGCCUGGUACAUGUAAAGGGUCGUGUUCUGGUUGCCCUCGCCGAUGGAACCCUCGCCAUAUUUCAUCGAUCUGAGGAUGGUCAGUGGGAUCUAUCCAAUUAUCAUCUAAUGGAUCUUGGUCGGCCACAUCACUCCAUCCGCUGCAUGGCUGUAGUCCACGAUAAGGUGUGGUGCGGCUACAAGAAUAAGAUUCAUGUCAUCCAGCCCAAAAGCAUGCAGAUUGAAAAGUCCUUUGACGCUCACCCUCGCAGAGAGAGUCAGGUGCGGCAGCUAGCAUGGAUCGGUGACGGUGUGUGGGUGUCGAUUCGACUGGACUCCACCCUGCGUCUCUACCAUGCACAUACUCAUCAGCACCUCCAGGAUGUGGACAUAGAGCCAUACGUCAGCAAGAUGCUGGGUACUGGCAAGUUAGGCUUUUCCUUUGUCCGAAUCACAGCACUUCUGAUUGGUGGAAAUCGUCUUUGGGUCGGGACUGGAAACGGUGUGAUCAUCUCCAUCCCGCUGACAGAGACGGUGGUACUUCACCGGGGACAGCUCCUGGGUUUGAGGGCCAAUAAGGUGUCUCCUACGUCUUCUGGAGGGGUGAUCCACGUGUACGGCGACGACGGCUCUGAAAAAAGCACCGGCAGCUUCAUUCCUUAUUGCUCCAUGGCACAGGCGCAGCUCUGCUUCCAUGGACACCGGGACGCUGUCAAGUUCUUCGUCUCUGUACCAGGUAACGUUUUGGCCACCCUUAACGGUAGUGUGUUGGACAGUCCGUCAGAGGGGCAGGGCUCUACAGCGCCCCCAGAGGCUGAGGCUCAGAGUGUUCAGAAUGUGUUGGUGCUGAGCGGAGGAGAAGGCUACAUCGACUUCCGUAUAGGGGAUGGAGAGGAUGAUGAAACAGAAGAUGCAGAAAAUGAAGAGGCUUUGCAGAUGAAACCUGGUUUGAGCAAAGCUGAGCGAAGCCACAUCAUCGUCUGGCAGGUGUCUUAUGUGCCGGAGUGAACUCUGGCUCUGCUUUAAUGCCACACCCACCAAUCUCCUUAAACAGAAAAAAGCCCCUCCCCUCCUAAAAGCUACCAGCCGCCUAAAACUUGUAAUUAUCCCUGGUUAUGUAAAAGUUGGGCCCUGAAGCCGUGUAUCGACCCUUCUUGUAACUAUCAUAUCCCUUCCUGUCCCGUCACCUUGUAACUAUCUUUAAUGCCUUGUAAGAAAGUACUUUCUCUGAUGUAGUAAUCAACAGCCUGCCCGCCUGUUUCUGUCACAUCCAGGGCGUUGUAACUAGCUUGAUGAGCCUUGUAACCCGGCAUUGUAACUACCUCCCCAAAUGUACCGAUCAUCUCAUAUUCACCCUGUAAGCACACUGUAUCGCCAUCUUCAUUUACCUCGACUGUCCUGCAUCUUCCCCAGUUAUUCCUCUUCCUAAUCAAUUUAGGUUAUCUGUCAAACCUCAGUGUCAUCUUAAAACAAAGCACUCCAACUCCCGUCAUCUCGCAUUGACAAUACAAAACAACAAAAAAGCCCUGCAGGUACAGAAACAUGAAUAACAGCACUGAUUUACAGUUCCAACAGAUUUCUGCAUUGUCCCAAAUAGCAGCUAUUCAAUGAUCCAAAA